GCCUUCUCACGACAAAUGCAGCACCCUACAAGAAUGAAAGCGCUCGUUGCGACCGCAGACGCUCAAUGGCAGCUUCAGACAGACGUACCCAUACCGGAUCUUAUGGACGGAGAAGUUCUGAUCCAAAUCACCGCCGUAGCAUUGAAUCCGUCCGACAUUAAGCAGCUCGAUAAUUGCCCUGUGGAAGGCACGAUUUGUGGGAUGGAUUUAGCCGGUGUCGUAGUAAAAGUCAAAAGGAACGUACGGAAGGACUUACGUAUCGGUGACCGCGUCUCUGCGUUUGUUUUUGGGUGCAAUCCUAGCAGGUGCAUGAAUGGUGCAUUUGCGGAAUACGCUGCCGCAAAGGCCGAAUUUUGCAUAAAGCUGCCAGAGUCCGUCCCGCCUCCUGAAGGCGCAUCGCUGAGCGUGGGGCUAAUGACCUGUGGACUGGCAUUGAGGUCUUUGGGUCUAGUUAACGAAGCAGCGGAAAGGGAACCGUUCCACGCACCUAGUAGCAGAACACAUGUUCUUGUGUAUGGUGGCUCAACGGCAACAGGAACACUAGCAAUCCAGCUCUUGCGCUAUCUAAACUACAUCCCACUCGCCGUCUGCUCUCCCCGCAAUUUCCUACUCGCUGAAAGGGCAGGCGCAGCACAGUGCUUCGACUAUAAGACGCCAAACAUCAUCAUGGAGGUUCGAGAGAUCAUCGGCGAAAGUCUUUGUUAUGUUCUGGACUGCAUCGGCAGUCCAAAUUCGACGACGGCUUGCUAUGGGGUCAUUGGAAGGGAUGGUGGGAAAUACACAUCGCUGGCUCCUUUCCCGGAUAGGUUGAGAAUGAGACGAAAAAAUGUGCGACCUGAAUGGAUACUAGGUUAUUCAGUCUUUGGGACCAACGUGAAUCUCAAUAAGGAGUACCUGAAAGAGGCUUCACCCCAAGACGGAGAGUUUGCGGUGGCAUGGACAUUGGAGAUGGAAUCUCUGAUCUGGCAAAGUCGGCUACAAUCGCACCCGAUCCAGAUUCAGCCGGAUGGACUUCGUGGAAUCAAGAGGGAUAAGGACCUGCUAAAGACGGGAGGCAUAUCAGGCAAGAAGUUAGUUUAUAUUGUGCAAGAUACGUAG